AUGGCAAGCUUUGUAAAAGUUCCCGCCAGUAUUUAUAGACUGUUUAUAGGGAAUAUUUUAAGCCUAAAACAAGAAAUAAAUGCAGAAGGCCAAACAGAGUUUUUUAUGUAUGAAAAUCAAGUAAAACGGGUGAGGCGGAAAAAUUACGAUCAUUUUUUCCACCUCUUUUUUGAUGUAAAUGACAGUAAAAGCCAUUAAUAAUUUUUUUGGUGGAAAAUAUACCAGUGCAAAAGCCUAAUUAAAAAAAAUGUUGAAAAAAAUUCCUAUAAAUUGAUUUAUUAGCAAUACUAAGCUAUGUCUACAGAGAAAGAUAAGAAUAUUAUAUUAAAUAUUAAUAUCAUAUAAAGUUUAAACUAAAUAUAAUUAAGAACGGCACAACGCAUAUUUUAUUAUCUAUUUAGUCUCAAAAAUAUUCAUAGAAAAACACAAAAAGCAUGAGUUUAAUAAUUAAAAACAGUAAUAGACCAUUCAAAAUUACCAUGAAUUUUUUUCAAUUAAAAUUUUUGACUUGAAUUUUUCAGGCUUUAAAAUUUUUAGCUACUUAUUUAUAUCUUUGAGACUUAGGAGUCUGUAUUUAUGUAAUAUAAGCUUCUUUUGGUUUUAAUUUAUUUUCUUGCUAUCGCUGUUUUUAAUAUUAAACUUACAUUUUUAUACUUUUCUGUAAAUAUUUUUAAGAUAAAAAAGGCAAUAUAAUAUGCGCUGUAUGUUCUAGCAUUUAUAUAUGAUUUUCUAAUCAAUUUAUGUGUUUCUGCAAAAAAAUUCACUGUAAAUCUUUUCCAACCCUUUAUUUUAUUAAGAUUUUGUAAUGCUAUUUAUUUCACCAAAAAGAUUUUCAAAUGGUUUUUACUAUCAUCUUAUGUCAAAAAAAGAGGAGGAAAAACGACUGUGAAUAUUAUUUUGCAUAACCCAGUAAAACAAGUAGUUACACAAGGCGUCGUAAUCUAUGUGAAAUUAGGAGCAUCGCAUACACUUUUUGUUUGUAACUUUUAUUCAGUGGAUGACACAACUGGUACUAUCAACUGCGUUAUUUUUGCAGAGGGGUGAAAUCAAAGCCGACUUCCUAUAAAAGUAGGUGACUUGGUCAGAGUUAAAGGGAAACUAGAAAUUCACAACGACAAUUUCCAAAUAAAAGUCAAAGGAAAGGGUAGAGAAGGUAAAGGGAGCUUAUUUCGAGGUCAUAAGACAAUUUAUGGCGGAGACAAAGCUCACUGCGCUAGGUCUUGAGGACUUUAUUACCCACUGCUGCAAUACAAGGUGGUUUAUCUUCACACAUCGCACCCGCUGCCCUGACCACAACACUCAUCUGAUGCGAUUACGCUUAAUAGCUCGUAUAUCCUUCAUUGAAGUCAGAUGAGCUGCGGACUUCCAUUUCAUCUCUCUUUCUGGCCUUAACCAUGUAAAAGCACACUGUCCAGUCUUCAUCCCACGCUCCUUGAUAUCAAUCCAUCUUGUCAGUCAUCCAUCCCAAUAGCCCAAGGCUACUUGACCCGACAGUAGAGUUUGAAUUAAGGAAAGUGCAUUGUUAAUUAACAAAAGCCUUGAAUAAAAGUCAAAGGAAAUCCUUAUAUAAUGGAAGAUUUCGAUGAAGAAAUAGAGUGAUAUCAAAACACAUCUAAUCUAUGAAACAAAGUUUAUACAUCAAGAAUUGUGAAAACCCCAAAAAAUUCGCUUAAGAUGCAGAGGCAUUAUAGUAGUAAUAAAGAUGUAUUAGAGCUUAAAUUAGUCUCUCUUAUUAGAGAAACUGGAAAAACACAAAUUAAUUAUCAAGAGAUUUUGCAGCUUGCAAUAGGAGAAAAUGAAACAGAAGAAGCAAUUUAUAACUUAGUCGUCAAAGGAUUUUUAGAGCCUUUUAAUAGGGAAUCAGCCCUUACAGCUACAAUUUUUGACAUAAAUCCUAACCCUUUUCAUCCCAAAGAACUAAUUUUGCAAGCUUUCAAAGAAAGCAAUAGACCUCUGAAUUUUUCUGAGUUGCGAGCGAUUGCAAACCAAAAGUUUCAAGAUAACGCGGCACUGCUGUCUGUAUUAUUAGAAGAGCUUAAGAAAAACGACGUGAUUUAUGAAAGAAAUGAUCAAGAAUUCGCAUUAAUUUCAUAA